AUGUAUCAGCGUCUGACAAACGAAAAAAGUAUUUUUCAUCUAACUAAACGUUUAAAAAUCAUAGCAGAUUUUAUACAAUUGGGCGACAUAGAAGAAAUCAAUAAACAAGUACAAGCUGUACGUGAGCUAAAUCUCGAAUAUAUCUGUUCAUCCAUCAUCGAAGCUCUUGAACAAGCCCAAUAUGAUCAUGCGGUUCAACAAAUUAAUGUUUUACUUAAUCGAUACAGUGAAGUCCUGAUGUUCAUUGAUCCUGAAAUAGCAGCACUUCAGCUCGAAUUGAAAAAUCUUCAAGAACGUUUGAGUGAAAUAGAACAGAAUAAACAGAAUAUGUACGCGAUCAUACGUACCUAUCGAAUUGAAAAAUAUAAACGACUAACUCCUGUUGAAAGUGCUAUUAUUAUUGCCAAACAUAAGUUCUACUUUCAGAAAAUGCAGCAUAUACAGGCAAAAGCAACAACAUCUGGUGUUGACAAUACAGUAGAGCUUGAGCAAUGUCAAAAGUUGUAUGAACAAGUUACAUACGAAUUUGAACAAUUUGAAAAACGAAAGAAAGAAGAUGAAAAUUACUACAAUGAAUCACGAAGAACAAAAGGGAAAAGUUCAAGUCAUUUGAAAACUGAUACAACGAUGGAUGAAACCAUGAGUGAGAUGACAAAAUUAUAUCGUGAAGCCGUCUUUCAAUGUCAUCCAGAUCGAUUCUCCGAAGAUGAUCAAAAGCAAUUAGCUCAUAAUAUAUGUACUCGUUUGAACAAUGCAUAUGCUCAACAUGAUUGGGAUACUGUAAGACUUAUUCAUGAACAACUUAAAUUGGGUCUAUUAGCAGUUAAUGUACCUGUUGAUAAUGCCAAAAAGUUACUACGUCUAGAACGUGAUGCAUUACGACAACAAUUCGAGAUGAGAGCAAAACGUUAUAAACAAAUUUAUUCUCUUAACGAACAAUUUCUUACAAUUGUACCAACGCAGAAUCAUGUGACACCAUAUCUCGAAAGAAUGGAAGCACAACUUCAUGAUGAACUUGCUGACUGGAAUCGUCAAAUAGAAGAAUUCAAUAAAAAAGAUUUGAUUGUAGCUGUUUCAAACAAUUUCAUUGAUUCACAACAAUGUAUUAAGCGAGAUUGGGAAUAUUUAAUAAAACAUCCUCUAGAAAAUAUUAUGAUAGAUCCAAUUAACGAUGAUGAUUUAUAUCAUUGGCAAGGAAUAUUCAUCGGUCCAAACGAUACAUCAUAUAAAGAUGGUUGGUUUUUAGUUCAAAUCGAUUUUCCUCAUGAUUUUCCUAAGAAAAAGCCAAUGUUAAAAUUAACGACAAAGAUCGACCAUCCGAAUGUGACUACUGAAGGAAUUAUGAAACUCUGCAAUGAUCAAUCCUGGUCAUCACAUGAUCAUCUUAGAUCGUAUUUACUGAGAAUGUAUCAAAUCAUAUUUUAUCCUAAGGUUCAAUCUGAUCACAAUUCAUCUCAAUCGAUGGCGAUUCAACAGUUCCGAAACGAUAGAACAACAUUAGAUGAAACACCAAAACGAUGGACAGAUACUUAUGCAGUGCUAUAUAAUACUCGAGAAAAAUACAUUCAAAAAUCAGAUUAA